AUGUCAGUAUCAGAGGAGUUUACUAUACAAACAGUUAAAUUUAUACAUUCAUUACUGGUCUCUAUACCUCAAUAUGCUUUAGGUUCCUUAUCUGCUAUAGCGAUCUUAGGGGCCACACCAGCGAGUGAUAAUAGUAAUAGAACUGGGGGUGGUGUUACAAUACUCAACUACAGGCUUUUUGGAUGGCAUGCUAAACAAAUGGAGCUCACCUCGGAACAGGAAGAAUGUAUGAAAGUAUGUGUAGCUGAAGCAUCAAUAUUAGAUCGCCUCAGCUACGUGGUAUCCAUUUACUACAUAGUAGUGGGGAUAUUUGCGGGAAUAGUCAGGGCAAUCGGACCAUGUAUCAAAGAGGAAUGGCCAUAUAUACCACUAGUAUUGGCUUGGACUUUGCCAGCAAUUUGUAGGAAGGCGGUAGGAGGAAUAGUGGUGGUCCACAAUCCCAAUAAAAGAAUUGUUGGGAAAAUAACAAUAAUAUUUAUGCUACUUUCACUGGUUCUACUUAGUAAUGCAAGGCCAUUAUGGGUAAAAGUUUUUGGAGACUAUUGCGCUGAUCCAACAACACCUUGUUUCAGCAUGUCAGAUAUUGUAAACAAGUGA